CUCUCUCUCUCUCUUGUUUUUUUAGAUUUUCAUUUUCCGUGUUAUCGUCUCACAAAGCAAACGACACAGUGAGGGAAAGAGAGAGAAAGCGAGAGAAAGUGGUUUUGGCUCAUUGUUUUUCGCGCAUUCUGUCUCGCUUUACUUUACUCUGGAUUCUUAGCGGUGUUGAAGAUAAUUCAAGAUUUUGCGUUUCGGUCUCAGAUCGGUUGGUUCUGCCGCACUUCCACGAAAGUUGGCUGUGCGGUUAUCGUUUUCAGACAUCACCUUUGAAAUUCAGUCACACUUUUAAUUCAAUAAUGUUGGGUGACUCCACCACAAUCCUCUCCAAUGGCAAUGUUUAUACGCCUCCUGAUCCACAGAGGACUUACCAAGUUGUUGUGGCUGCAACCAGAGAUAUGGGAAUUGGGAAGGAUGGGAAAAUGCCUUGGAGAUUACCUUCCGAUCUAAAAUUUUUCAAGAAUAUAACCAUGACUGCAUCAGAUUCUGGAAAAAAGAACGCUGUUAUUAUGGGUAGGAAAACAUGGGAAAGCAUUCCUCUUCAGCAACGACCUUUGCCUGGUCGCCUUAAUGUUGUUCUGACUCGUUCUGGGAGUUUUGAUAUUGCUACUGCUGAGAACGUUGUGAUAUGUGGAAGCUUGGCUUCUGCAUUGGAAUUGCUUGCUGCAUCUCCAUAUUGUUUGUCCAUUGAGAAAGUUUUUGUUCUAGGAGGUGGCCAAAUACUAAGGGAUGCUUUGAAUGCGCCUCAAUGUGAAGCCAUUCACAUUACUGAAAUUCAGGCAAGCAUCGAUUGUGACACUUUUAUUCCUACAAUUGAUUCCUCUGUAUUUCAGCCCUGGUACUCAUCCUUCCCUGUCGUGGAAAACGACAUUCGAUAUUGGUUUACAACUUAUGUUCGUGUGAGGAGUUCUGCAGUCGAAUCCCUUAGUCAGAACAAUGGUCUGACCUUUAAUAGUAAUUCAGAUUCUAGCAAGUUUGAAGUAAAGAAGUUCUCUUUCCUGCCUAAGAUGAUUUUUGACAGACAUGAGGAGUACUUGUAUCUAAGACUCGUGGAAGACAUUGUCUCAGAUGGCAAUCUGAAGGAUGAUAGGACUGGAACUGGAACUUUAUCAAAGUUUGGUUGCCAGAUGCGGUUCAAUUUGCGCAAAACUUUUCCACUUAUAACAACGAAGAAAGUGUUUUGGCGAGGUGUUGUUGAAGAACUGUUGUGGUUCAUUAGUGGCUCAACUAAUGCCAAGGUCCUUCAGCAAAAGGGUAUUCAUAUAUGGGAUGGAAACGCAUCUAAAGACUACCUAGAUAGUGUUGGGUUAACAGAUAGGGAGGAGGGUGACCUAGGUCCUGUAUAUGGUUUCCAGUGGAGACACUUUGGUGCCAGGUAUACUGACAUGCAUGCUGACUAUACUGGCCAAGGAUUUGAUCAGUUGUUAGAUGUUAUUGAGAAAAUAAAAAACAAACCUGAUGAUCGGAGGAUUAUACUUUCGGCUUGGAAUCCGUCGGAUCUUAAAUUGAUGGCACUUCCUCCUUGCCAUAUGUUUGCACAAUUCUACGUAGCCAAUGGCGAAUUAUCAUGUCAAAUGUAUCAGAGGUCUGCUGACAUGGGUCUGGGUGUGCCAUUUAACAUUGCGUCAUAUGCUCUACUGACAUGCAUGAUUGCUCAUGUUAGCGACCUCAUUCCUGGUGAUUUUAUCCAUGUGACCGGCGAUACUCAUGUCUAUCGCACGCAUGUCAGGCCUUUACAGGAGCAGCUUCAGAAACUUCCAAGGCCUUUCCCAAUUUUGAAAAUCAAUCCAGACAAGAAGAAUAUAGAUUCUUUUGUGGCCGCCGAUUUCGGACUCAUAGGAUAUGAUCCUCAUGAGAAAAUUGAAAUGAAGAUGGCUGUAUAGAGCUUUCAUGGGUUCAGUCAGAGACUGGUGCCGACUCAGAACUAUCUGCUAAUAGUUUUAAGGCUGUGCCUCUGGAGGCAUAUAUUGACUGGGCCUUAUACACAAGUCAAAGAAAAUUUAAUAGUUAGAUAUAUUUCUAGCUUUUGCUGAUGUUGUGACCGUGAAUCCUUUAGUUCCAGGUACUUUAUGGUUCUAAGGUGAUUUAGUUAACCUUUAUACUCUUUAUUUUCAAGUACAUUUUCUUCUCCUAAAUGCCUGGAGCUAUAUCCUUUUGUUUCCUGCAAACACUUCGUCAAUACAUACCAUCUAAUUUUGGAUCAAA